AAGUGCCUUAUAUAAUACUUUAAAGCUGAAAUGCAAAUAGUCAACCAUGAACUUUGUAUUUACUGUCAAGGACAAAGACUGGGAGAAAAAACCAAAUAGUUCCGUGGGGUGUAGGAAGCUGUGGGCAGUGAAUUGGUUAAUAUUUCCGUGUUGGUUAAAGAGGCUCCGGCAGUGCGGCGUUCCCGGGGAGCUGUGGGGAAUCCCGGGAUGCUCCCGAGGGAAUCCCCGAGGGACCCCAGCCCGCCCGGGAGCGGCCGCCAGGGGGCGCUGCCGCUGAGCUCACGGGGCCGCGCUGAGCCCGGGAGCGGCGGGAGCGGGAAACGGCCCUGUCAGCCCGGCCGGGCCGAGCGGCCGCUCCCGUGUGGAACGAACAGCUCUGUCAGCCCGGCCGGGCCGAGCGGCCGCUCCCGUGUGGAACGAACAGCUCCGUCAGCCCGGCCGGGCCGAGCGGCCGCUCCCGUGUGGAACGAACAGCUCCGUCAGCCCGGCCGGGCCGAGCGGCCGCUCCCGUGUGGAACGAACAGCCCCGUCAGCCCGGCCGGGCCGAGCGGCCGCUCCCGUGUGGAACGAACAGCUCCGUCAGCCCGGUCGGGCCGAGCGGCCGCUCCCGUGUGGAACGAACAGCUCUGUCAGCCCGGCCGGGCCGAGCGGCCGCUCCCGUGUGGAACGAACAGCCCCGUCAGCCCGGCCCGGCGGGAGCGGGUUCUGCCGCCCCACUGAGGGACGCGCCCUGGCCUGAGGCGCUGCCUGCCCGCCCUCACGGCCCGAGGCGGCCAGCGCAGACUCAAUUUCUUCCUGCUCAGUCUGAUGUGUGAAUUCCCUGACCAUGGUGUAAAGCCACUGAGAGGACAAAGACCUUGACUGAUCUUCCUUGGAGACACAUCCUUCGCCCCUCAACUUUGACCUCUUGUCUGAAAGUUUGUCAGUUCAGGAUUAAUAGAGGGAUUCUCACUUCAGCUUGUCUGAGACUAGGACCACAAGGCCUGGGAAGGGAAGAGUGAAUGGAGAAGCUACUCGCCAGGACCUGCUUCUUCUGGUGACACCAGGUAGCAGGUAGCUGUUCCUGCAGGCAGGCACUAAAGCAAGAGGAAAGCAGCUGGGAUGGAGCAGAAGUCAGGAAGCAGGCUGAAAUGUUUGAUCCUGACAACACUGGCUACAUCAGCACUGAGAAAUUCCGCUCCCUUCUCCAGAGGCAUGGCUCGGAGCUGGACCCCCACAAGCUGGAGGUCCUGCUAGCCCUGGCAGACAGCAACUCUGAGGGGAGGAUCUGCUACCAGGACUUCGUCAACCUGAUGAGCAACAAAAGGUCGAACAGUUUCCGCCAAGCCAUCCUGCAGGGGAACAGGAGGCUGUGCAGCAAGGCCCUGCUGGAGGAGACGGGGCUGAGCCUCUCGCAGAGGCUGAUCCGGCACGUGGCGUACGAGACCCUCCCGCGGGAGAUCGACCGCAAGUGGUACUAUGACAGCUACACCUGCUGCCCCCCGCCCUGGUUCAUGAUCACCAUCACCAUUGUAGAGGUUGCCUUUUUUCUUUACAAUGGAGUGGUCUUAGACAGAUUUGUGCUGCAAGUCAGCCAUCCCUUGUACCUGAAGAAUGCAUUACUGUACCAUCCCCAGCUUCGGGCCCAGGCUUGGAGGUACCUAACCUACAUAUUCAUGCAUGCAGGGAUAGAACAUCUUGGGCUCAAUGUUGUCCUUCAGCUCUUGGUUGGGGUUCCUCUGGAAAUGGUGCACGGAGCUGCGAGGAUCAGUUUUGUGUACGUUGCAGGAGUUGUGGCAGGGUCCCUGGCAGUGUCAGUGGCUGACAUGAGGGCGCCGGUGGUGGGCUCCUCUGGAGGUGUGUAUGCUCUUGUGUCUGCUCACCUGGCCAAUAUUGUGAUGAACUGGUCAGGAAUGAAGUGCCAAUUCAAACUGCUGCGCAUGGCUGUUGCCUUGAUCUGUAUGAGCUUUGAAUUUGGAAGAGCCGUGUGGCUGCGAUUCCACCCCUCCGCUUACCCCCCAUGCCCCCACCCCAGCUUCAUGGCUCACCUGGGAGGGGUGAUGGUUGGAAUCACCCUUGGUGUUAUCAUCCUGAGGAACUAUGAGCAGAGACUCCAAGAUCAGACUUUAUGGUGGAUCUUCCUUUCUAUUUACGUCAUUUUUGUCUUGUUUGCCAUCUUCUGGAACAUUUUUGCCUACAGUCUGUUGGAUCUAAAGCUACCUCCCCCUCCUUGAAAACAUGGGACAGAAAACAGGAGAGCAGAAGUCAUCUGUCAGCUGUGUUAAAUGAAUGAAGAUGGAGGAUCUAUUUUUGUAUUUAACUUGGGAGGAUGAUUCUUCUGAAUGAGUGUGCUGGAGGAGGUGCUUAAAGAUCUCAUGAAAGAAUGGGCUGAUCAGUUUGUUCACAAAUCCAGCAGGUUCUGUAACUCUGGCUGGCCAUGCCCUGCAGUUUCUGCCCUGCACCUGGGCACUGACUGCUUGGGUUAUUAUCACACAUCAAUAUUUUCUAUGAGAUAUUUGUAUUUUCCAGGUCAGUGCUGGAAUUAUGGCCAAUUGUUCAGUGAAUUUCCUCUAUGUUACUGAACACUAAAAGGGAAGAAGAGCAGACAUUUACUAAUUAGAAACUCAAAUGGUACUCACAAGGCAGCUUGAGUCUGGUUUCUUUGGACACGUCUGACUGUUCAGCCAUACCAGUGCCACUGUCUAAUUACUUGAACGGUUCCUAAUGUAUUUUAGCCUCUGCUGAAACUUGUCUUGCACAACUUUCAAAGGAAUCGGCAGAACUUGAUCACACAAAGUGAUGGAGACUGGUCUUCAACCACAGGUCAAAUGAAAUUGCACUAUAAACAUUGGGAAUCUUAGAGUGUCGUGGAUACCCAGCCAGAAGUGACUUUUCCUGUGCAUGUUUCACUUGAUUUUAAUUAAUUAUUCCCCCUUCCCCAGCCUGCUGUGGCUAGAAGGUGUGGCUGAAUUGUUGGUUUUAUUGGGGUUUUUUUUGGUUUGGUUUUUUUUUGAGGGAUGAAGGAAAGAAGGGGAAAUGUUCAUUUGUGGUUUUAUCAGACGACAAUCAGGUGCUGUUUUCUUCUCACUUUUUUUCCGAACACACUGACCUAACACCUGGCCUGCAGUGAGCUCCUAGCAAGGAUCUCAACUCUUCCAGCAGGUUCUUACUAGGAAAAUGGGACCAUGAUCACCUCCAGCAGCCCAGGGUGGGAACUCUCCAGUCUUUACAGCCAUACAAUCCAUUUGGGGCCAAGCCCACUGAAGGCAGUGGAACUAAAUCAGUUUGUAUGUAGCACUGGUUUCCCAAUGAAGUGGAGAGGGUGUUAUUUGCUACAGUGAUCAUUGUGAAAUGAAAAACUGGUUUUAAUAGGACUUCUAAAAUAUUGAGGAUGCCUCUUCCUGAGGCAAUGGAUGUUCAGGAGCCCCAGACAACAGUUAGUUGCAGUGAUGCCUUUUUCUUUAAUGUUGGUCAAGCCCAGUUCAGGCAAUCUGUAAGUGGGCUGUGGCACAGUUCACACAAUUGCCUGCACAGACCUAGGGACCACAUGGGGACAUCUGUAGCACAAGCAGAGCUUAUAGGUACUCUUCUCUAUAAGGUGCUUAUUUUGCUUGUCACUUUAGAGAGCUGCCAAAUUACAGUCCAGGAGUGUGGGUGCCCUCCUUUUCUCUGCCCUUUACCCACCUAUUCAAUGGUCUGGACAAAGCAGCCAUAAUAGUCUCUCCAGACAAGCUCUUCUCUUCCUUUUUUCUAUUUCCUGCUGGUGCCCAGGCACAGCCACCAGAGUCUUUCACAGCACAUCCCACGGGCACCAUAGCAGUUGUGUUGCUCUGUAGAAAAAUGUCUCUCUGUGUUGUGGACUUUAUUCUCUCAGCUAUGCUAUCCAUGCUGCCAGAUGAUACCACAAGCUGGUAGGAGCCUGUCCUUCUAGAGGGGGCAUCCACAAGUGCUUAUCAGCUGCCCCCUUCUUUGCCUCUCAUGGAAAAAUAACUCUGGGUUGAAGGGUGAAGUCUUCUCCUACCAGAUGCACUCAUAAAACUUCUGUUGCCUCAGAAUGAGGGGAGAAAAAAUAAGUGUAUCUGCAGCCUGGAAUAAGCCUUACUUGCAAAAGAAACAAUUUUUGGCACCUUUGUGCCCAGAAAUGAGAUUUCUGAGGGCAAUUGCACUUUUGUUGUUCUGCAUGGUCAGCACAUUGCUCAUGGGCCCUCAUUGAGGACCAAGAGGAAGGGAUAAGGGCCAGAGCUCUGAUCAUUUUGGAGAAGAGAUUGGUUCCCUGAGCCAUUUUACCUCUGCAGUUUAGGUCCAGAUCCCAGCAGUCACAAGAGUUCCCAUGGAUUGUUGCAGGUGCUGGCCCAGUGAGUGUCGCAGCCGUGGGAUCCCCCUGGGAGCAGGCAGGAAGGAGAGUGGGAGCUAGGGGAGUUCUG